GGCAGUUUGGGGCUGAGGCGAGUGACAAGCGGCAAGGGCACUCCCGGCGGGGGAAGCGCACCGCACAGGGGAAGCUCAGGGACAGCACCCAGGACAUGAUGGCAGUGCUUAGGAGCCUGGCCUGAGCCGCGGUGCGACGGCCACAGGGCCUCACCUCGCCCGAGAGACUGCCAGGAGGAGGUGACUCCAGCUGGUCAAGGCGGAAGGGCCGAGUGGGAAGCCAAGAAGGCAGUCCCUCUCUCCACUGUCCACCACCAGACAUGCUCAGUUGAUUACAGAGGUCUCCAGGGAAGCCCAGGAAAAAGCCUUCACAGCAAGCAGAACUUCCUUGCCUGCCUGUCCAGACCAGGAAAUACCAAAGAAGCCCUGAGGAGGGUACCCUGGCAAUGUGCAGCCCUCAGGAGGCAGCCCUGCUGCGGCUAGAGGAGGUCUUCUCAGCCACCCUCGCCCGUGUCAAUAGCCUUGUCUUCCAGCCCCUGCUUUCUGCCGCCCCAGAGCCUUCGGAGCCGCAGAGUAGAGAGUGCCUGCGGCUCUUACAACAGCUGCACAGGAGCUCCCAGCAACUGUGGGAGGUGACAGAGGAAAGCCUGCACUCACUGAGGGAGAGGCUGCGUCACCCCGAUUCUACUGGUCUGGAAUCCCUGCUGCUGCUGCGAGCUACUGACCAUGUCCUGCAGCUCCACAUAGAGUACAUUGAAUCCUACACAAGCUGCUUAGUGGUACAGGCCUUUCAGAAGCUGGCAAAGAGGAGGAGUGAGUACUGGAGGGGCCAAAGGAAGGCGCUGCGGCAGCUCCUGGGCGGCAUGGGUUCGGAGGGUUCGGUGGGCCCAGCACUGCUCCAGGCUUUCCGCCAGCCGCUCACCCAUCACGUGCAACAGUAUGUGCUCCUCCUGCUGAGGCUUGAGGACACCGUCCCAGAGUACCACCCUGCCCGGGAGCUGGUGGUGAAUGCAGCCACUCUCUUUGGGAACCUACAGUCCUUCAUGAGUCAGGCAUUGGACCAGGCCAUGGCCACACAGGCCCUCUGGCACACUCUGAGCAGCCGGCAGAGGCAUGUGCUCUGCACCCCUGCUCACCGACUCUUGCAAGACAGCGAGGAUGUACCUGUGACCGUCACCCCACUGCGAGCUGAACGCGUGAUGCUCUUUGAUGAUGCCCUCAUCUUGCUGCAGGGCCACAACAUCCACACCUUUGAUUUGAAGCUAGUGUGGGUGAAUCCUGGGCAGGACAGGUGCACAUUUCACCUCCUUACACCUGAAGAAGAGUUGUCCUUUCGUACCAAGGAUCCCCAGGGCCAGGCAGUCUGGCAGUGGAAGGUGACCCAGGCUGUAUGCCAGGCUCUGCGUGGGAAGAAGGACUUCCCCGUGCUAGGGGCGGGCCUGGAGGCUUCUGAGCCCCCUGCUUGCCGCUGUGGGGCAUACACUUUCCAUGCGGAAGGCCGCUUCUGCCAAGCUACCUAUGAGGGCGAGUGGUGCCAGGGCAGGCCCCACGGCAAGGGAACCUUGAAGUGGCCAGAUGGGCAGAAUCAUGUGGGAGAUUUCCGCCAGGGCCUGGAGCAUGGGUUUGGCAUCCGCCUGCUGCCCCAGGCCUCUGAGGACAGGUUUGACUGUUACAAGUGCCACUGGCGGGAAGGCAGCAUGAGUGGCUAUGGUAUCUGUGAGUAUGGCACUGACGAGGUUUAUAAGGGCUACUUCCAGGAGGGCCUGCGGCAUGGGUUUGGGGUCUUUGAGAGUGCCCUGCAGGCUGCCCGGCCUUUCAGAUAUACAGGCCACUGGGAGAAGGGCCAGAGGAGCGGCUAUGGCAUCGAAGAAGACAGUGACAGGGGCGAACGCUAUAUUGGCAUGUGGCAGGCUGACCAGCGCCACGGCCCAGGGGUCGUGGUCACUCAGGCGGGCGUCUGCUACCAGGGCACCUUCCAUGCGGACAAGAUGGUGGGACCAGGUAUCCUUCUCUCUGAGGACGACUCCCUGUAUGAGGGCACCUUCACCAAGGACCUGACCCUCAUGGGGAAGGGCAAGGUCACUUUCCCCAAUGGCUUCACCCUGGAGGGCUCAUUUGGCAGUGGGGCAGGGCGAGGACUGCACACCCAGGGUGUACUGGACACAGCUGCUCUCCCGCUGGACCCAAGUAGUACCUGCAAGAGGCAGCUGGGCCUGGGUGCCUUCCCUGUGGAGAGCCGCUGGCAAGGAGUGUACGCCCCCUUCCGGGACUUUGUGGGUGCUGGCUGCCCUGGGGACCUGCAGGAGGCUCUGCUGGGCUUCCAGGUGCAGAGCUCGAGGGAGCUGCGCAAGUCCCAGGAUUACCUGUGCUGUGAGAGGACGUGCCCUGAGGACAGUGUGGGCACAAUUGAAGACAUCCUGGAGGAGUUGUUGCAGCACCGGGAGCCUAAGGCCCUGCAGGAGCACCUCAGAAAGGCUCUGAGCAACACACUGCACCCUCUGGGGAAGCUGCUUCAGACACUGAUGCGGACCUUCCAAGCUACAUAUGCAGGCGUUGGGGCCAACAAGCACCUUCAGGAGCUGGCCCAGGAGGAGGUGAAGCAGCAUGCCCAGGAACUCUGGGCCACCUACAGGGGUCUGCUACACGUUGCCUUACAGCGUAAGGGCCAGGCCCCAGAGGAGGAUGAAGAUGCAGAGACAAGAGACCUCCAGGUGCAUGGAUUGAUGCUGCCCCUUGUGCUGCCCAGCUUCUACUCAGAGCUCUUCACACUCUACCUGCUUCUUCACGAGCGGGAGGACAGCCUCUAUAGCCAGGGCAUCACCAACCUGAGCCUCUUCCCUGACACCAAGCUGCUGGAGUUCCUCGAGGUGCAGAAGCACUUGUGGCCCCUCAAGGACCUCACGCUAACGACCAAUCAGAGGUACUCCCUGGUCAGGGACAAGUGCUUCCUGUCAGCCACUGAGUGUCUACAGAAGAUCAUGACCACGGUGGACCCACGGGAGAAGUUGGAGGUGCUAGAGAGGACAUAUGGGGAAAUCGAGGCCACUGUGUCACGGGUGCUGGGCCAGGAGCACAAACUGCCCAUGGAUGACCUGCUGCCUCUGCUCAUCUAUGUGGUGUCACGUGCCCGAAUCCAGCAUCUGGGAGCUGAGAUCCACCUGAUCCGUGAUAUGAUGAACCCUAUCCACAUAGGAGGCCUGUAUGACUUUCUGCUUACAGCCCUGGAGUCCUGCUAUGAGCACCUCCAGAAGGAAGACAUGAGGCUGCACCACUUUCCUGGACACUGGGACUCCCGGGAGCUCUGGUAGCUUGGCCUCUUCUGGACUAAGUGCUGGUCUGCCAAGAGAGGUCACUGUGCACUUCCCCUGGGACCAGGCACCACCAGCCUGUCUCUCAUCGCCCAAGGCAAAGGGCAGGACAGGCCCUUGGAGGUGGCUGUUGGAGGAGAUGGGUGUUUAGUUUCAUCCUGGGAGGUGCUGCUGCUGCCCUGACUGAGUUGAGGGUGAGGGGUGAUGGGUGUGGCCCUGUAGCUGGUGGCUUUCUCUUGUCUACUAGGCCAGUCUCCGAUGACCCCCUUAACCUACAACAGCUCACAGUGUGGGGUGAGGAGCCCCCCAGCUUCUCUUAGUCUGAGCCUUGCUCCCAAGUUAUCGAGUCUCUCUGGGCCUCAGUGUUGCUGUCUGUAAAAUGGUGGAGUGGGUGGUCUGUAAAGGCCCUUCCACCCAUCAUGUUGAAUUCCAGAGUCCUUUGGAAGUCUCACUUUA